GCCAAUCUGUUCUGCUGACAUUAUUUUCUUGUAGUUUGAAUAUGACCGACGUCGGUUCAAACAACAAACAGUAGAUGGAGCAAGCCUUAUGUCUACCGUGGCCGAUAAAGUUGGAAACAAAUUUAAGGAAAGAUUCAGCGUUGUGAGAAAACUGAGGACAGCUGCCCAAGCUUCGUAUGCCAGGUCUCAGUCCUCCUCGUCUCAAUGGCAAUGCUGUAAAACGGGUGACACUUCCAACAGCUUGGAGUACGAUUCUAGGUUUCGUCAGAAAAUCGACCUAACCAAAGGAUGCAUUGCUAUAUCCGGCAGUGCUCCGUCGAACCACAGAUACUUGGACGACACGUUUGUUGACGAAAUGAGACAGAUUCUUAUUGACCAACCGUUUAUAAAGUGGCAAUAUUUUGGUUCUGAAGAAGGAAUUCUGAUUAACUUUCCAGCUUUUCAACUAAGUGAUGAUUGUUCUGGCUAUGAUCCUCGGUUCAGGCCAUGGUACGUGGAAACUGCCAUACCUGAGCCCAACGACGUGGUUCUUGUUAUUGACACGAGCGGAUCCAUGAGUGGGAAUCGCAUCGAAGUAGCUAAAGAUGCUGCUGUAACAGUUCUAAAAACAUUGAACCCCAGGGACAGGAUUGGCGUUGUGUCGUUCAGUAACACUGUAGAAACGCCAGGGAGUAGCAGCGAUGAUGGCAAAUCCUGCUAUAGUGAGGGCCUGGCUGACGCUACACCUAUAAAUCUUGAAUACCUUCAAGAUUACGUCAAAUCUCUCUACGCUAAUGGAGGAACACAGUACGGGAAUACGUUCAUUAGAGCUUUUGACUUGCUGAAAGGCUCAGGUUCUUCUCUUCAAAACAACUUUCGGAGACAAAAGGUUAUCCUGUUCCUUACCGAUGGCGAACCAAAUGAUGACAAAAGCCAUAUCAUGCGAAUUAUCAAAGACAAGAACGCAGAGCUAAACAAUAGCGUUAUAAUUAUGACGUAUGGUAUGUUUGUCAAUGCACCGAUACUCCUGGACAUUGCUAAUCAAGAUGGCACUUCUUACGGAGUCUCUAAGGCGCCUGAUGUAACUCAUGGUAAAUUUACAAGUAUUUCAAAUACAAACAAUUUGCGGAGCACCAUGGCAACCUACUACGACUUCUUUUCAAGGAAUGUGGAGAAGGACAAGCCUAUCAUCUCAGUUCCUUACGUUGAUGCAUUUGGCAGCGGCCUUCUGACCACAGUAUCACUGCCCUGCUACCAUGAUGGAAAGUUCAUCGGUGUUGUUGGCACAGACCUCAGUAUGGAAGAUCUUCUGUCAGAAGUCACUUACUUUCGAAACGGCCAAGCAAGUUACGCUUUCAUGGCAGACAAUUCUGGUAGGACCAUGAUGCACCCUCUUCUACCAUCCCCUUCUAAUACAGGCGACAAUCCCAUUUUCAUGGACAUCAGGGACCUUGAGCCUGCUCCGUCUUUCACUUCAGAAGUGUUUCAGUCCAUGAAAAGAGGUGGAUCAGGUCAAACAACUUUUGUAUCCAAGCGAUAUCUGGCCCGUGGAGGCAAAGUUUACGCAGGAGUGACAGUUGUCGAGUUAAAUUCGACUUACUAUUGGAGACCAGUUAAAAAAACAAACUUUACUGUGGCAAUUGUGGUAGCUGCCGAUGACAAAUCAGAGAUAUUAUGGAAACAGUCAAUCCCGUCAGAUUUCCAGUUUUUAUAUCACCGCUUGGACCUGAUAAAACCUUCCUAUCCAUGUGACAACUUUGGAAGAUACGCAGUUAAAGGCGUGACGGUUGUGAAAUUUGGCCCAGAUGCAUUCAAUGACCCAUACAGAUAUCUCAGUCUUGAAGAAACGGUCUCUCAAGUCAACUCUUACAAAGUAUAUAUGACCGGAAAAAGAGGAGAAAAUCCCGGUUUUAAAGAUGGUGUAAGAGAUAGUGUUAUAGCAACUAAGAAGGUGGAAGACAUUUGGUUCAAACUGACGAAGAAAUACAGUCAGUAUCUGGUGUGGCGUUACAUGGGUACUGCAGAUGGUGUCUUCAGACUGACGCCUGGAGUGGUACUGGCUAAAAGCUAUGAUCCAAGUAAAAGGCCGUGGUAUCACUCUGCACUAAGCAACACGGGAUUGGUUGCCCUCUCUACGCCUUACAUUGACGCGUUUGGUGCAGGAGUGGUAAUUACCGCUUCCCACACGGUGUAUCGCGGGGAAUCAGAGCACAAACGUGGAACAAGUGAUGAAGUUAUGGGUGUAAUGGGCGCUGAUUUCCCACUGUCAUAUUUUCAAAAACUCCUGACAGAUACAUAUCCAAAAUGUCAAGAAGCCAACUUUGACUGUUUCGUUCUGGACACAGCUGGAUUUCUAAUCAUGCACGAGGAUUUCCUUGUGCCUGAAAUAACCGCCAAAACACUGGAAUAUGUCCACAUUACUGAAAAGGAAAAAGACGUAGCCGAAGAUCUGUUACAGAAAGGUUAUCUGGUGAAAGAAAAAUGCCGCAAUUUGGAGAAAAUCAAGCUACAAAACUUCUACGAGCUUAAGAUUCCAUUACAAGGCGUGGAUACGCUGGAUAGUGGAGUCCGCUGCAAGAAGUACCAGUUCUCUAGUAUGGUGGGAACCAAUGCAUUUUUAGGAAUCAUAUCACGUGACAGUUCAUGCCCCUCCAGGUCUUGUACGUGUUCCAGUAACAAAGAAUGCUCCAGUGUCCAGGGUUUGAGUUGCCAGUGUCCAUGCUCUUCGCGACUUAACUUCCAUUAUUGUAGAAGCGAGUUUCCGGCCAGCAAGGAAGACAAAACAACUACUCUUUGUACUGCGCUUCACUUCUAUUUGUCCUGUGCCCGCGACAGUCGUUCCAUCUGAGCAAGUCAAUGAUCCUUCCGUAAGUGGUUUAGAGAAAUGCUUUGACCCAAAAUGCAACGAGAAGACAGAUUCAGGGUCAUGUGACGGGGUAGUGGGUUGCUAUUGGUGCGUUAGAGACAAGAACGACGCUCCACUUUCCAGCAAAUACUGCGCUGAUAUCAACGCCUGUUAUGGUGGCAAGGAAGGCACAAGAGCUCCUGGAAGCAGUGAUGCUCCUAAAGACCCCAACGACGAUGACGAUGAUGACGACAAGGGUGGACUUUCGGGUGGAGCCAUUGCUGGUAUUGUCCUUGGACUAAUAGCUGCUAUUUUUGCAGCAGUAUUUAUGGCCGUCAAAUACAGUAAUAGAGGAAGGGUACCCAAUAGGCUUGCUGGCGUUCGUGUUCACCCGUCAGCGCCCCCACGUAACCCUAAUUACCAGGGUGCCAGUACAUUCUAGAUCAGCGUUGCGAGUGUGAAGUGUCUUUCUUGUUAGGGUAUUAACGUACAAAAAGUAGAAAUCGGAAAAGUACAUCGAAUUGCGAGUUAUUGUGCUUUUAAAAGGACAAGCUAGCCACUGUGUAUUAAGUCACUUGUUAUAAUGUGUAAAAUUUACUCUUAAUAAUCAACGGAAACAAUCAAGGUGGUAAGUCACAUGAGUAAGACUGGAUAAGAAUGAGAACACUGUGAUGGAUUGUAAUCGACAAGCUUAAAAAAUGUAGGCUAACGUUCUCGAGAUGUACCACCCUUGACAUAUCAUCUGCUACGACUUCCUUUAAAACGGUCAUUAGGGCAUUUUAGUCCUGCUUAUAUAUCUUGCUCUUUCAUAUAAUAUGUAGACUUUGUCUCGCCAACUGGCUAGGUGGAUUCACAAGUAGUGAGCACCACAAUUUUGGUUUUAUCACCUCCAGAAGAUAGCAAUUGUAUGGUCAAUUUUGUAUCAUUUGUAAAGUUAAAUGGGUUUUUUUUUCGCCUUUAAUAAUGGAUUGUAAUCUAUUUAUCUGAUCAUUUCGUUUUCUUUCACAAUGGGUUGUAACCUCAAGUUCCUCCAUAUUUUCUCUUGGGAAAAAUGGAGAAGAGGCAAGAAAUAUGUUGUUUCAUAGUCCAUCGAGGGAUUAUUCUUAUUUCGGCAUUGUACUUCGUGUAAUUCACACGGAAAUUGGCCAAGCACUAUUGUCAAUCUUGUAUGGUACAUGUAAUGAUGUCAUACUCUUACCUCGGUUAAACGUGACCCGAAUAUUGUUAUUAUAGUCCUUGUUACAAUUCUUGGUAUAAUAUCCAUAUUAUGAUAGCAAGCUAAAUGCUAGACCCCAGCCGGGAACGUUACUAACGUCACCGAUCAAAUAAAAACAACAGCAAAACAAAGAAAGACGUAGGUUUUUGUAAUUGUAAUUACGCGAUCUUGAACGAGUAGUUUUACUGGCGAAAAAAGUAGAUGUAUCACUACAGCACUUGUUAAUGAAUGGGCCGAUGUAAAUUAGCGAAUCACAUUUUAGCAUGCACAAUGAACAUUGUGAUUAGACUCAAACUACAAGCAAAAAAUUCAUACAUAAA